AUGGCCCUCGCCGUCAUCAAAGCGACCACCCUCGCCCUGCUGCUGUCGUCGCUCGUUUCCCUCGUCACCGCGCAGCAAGGCGUCCUCGUCAACGGCAACAGCCAGCUCCCCCAAUGCGCACAAGGCUGCCAGGCCCUCCAGCAGGCUGCUUCCGGCUGUCCAGGCGGCACCGGCAGUGCGAACCAGGCGACGUGGGUGUGCUUCUGCCAAUCCGCGUUUCUCACUUCCUUGAAGACGUCCUCCGCCUCGACCCUCUGCAACACGGCCUGCACGAACCCCACCGACGCUCAGCAGAUCGGGACAUGGUACACCACCAACUGCGGCAGUGACUUUGGCGCAUCGGAGCAUGCGGGAGGAACAACCGGCGAUGCGGCGACCACCAGCGCAGCCGCGGGCCCUUCGUCGAGCUCGACUGCGGCCGGCCAGGCCACGGCCACCCCGUCGAGCGUCGCCGGCGGCAGCGACGCCGAUUCGGGCAACUCCAACUUCAGCGCCGGCAAGACCCAAUCGUCUGGCGACUGGUGGAGCACGCACUAUAAAUGGAUCAUCAUGCUGAUCGUCCUCGUCAUCUGCCUCCCUCUCCUCGCCUUCCUCGCCGUCUGCCUCAAGCGCCGCUACGAUCGCAAGCAAGAUCAAAUCAACGGAGGCUUCAAUGAAGGUAUCACCCAGCGAGCACCCGGUCCGAUGAGCGAUCCUCACCUGAAUGCGUCGGGUGGAGCUGGAUCGGCGGCGAUUGACGGCAGUGGUAGAAACUCGCCCGCGCGGACAAGAGACGCUUUCAUGCCGUAUGGGUACGGUUAUAACCGGAGUGAGAGCAGGCUCGGGUCGAAGCAGGCGGUAUACGAUGAUCGGAGGAGUCCGCUGGCGAGGGGAGAAACACCUCUCGACCCAGAGAAAGAGGCUGGGAUGGAUACCGCGGAGACACCAGGCAAGAAGAAGUCGAAGCGGGUGCUCGUGCGCGAGCGCAGCGUCGAAGACGGCAUCCAGUCCGAGAAACGAUAG